AUGGCGAACUCUUCUCUCGUUCUCCUCCCUCUUCUUCUUCUCCUUCUCCCUCUCUCCCUUCUCCUCUUCCUCUACCUCAUCGUCCGGCCGCGUCCCGUGAAAGUCUCCAUCAGCAACCGCCACGUCUUCAUCACCGGAGGCUCCAGUGGCAUUGGCCUGGCUCUAGCUCUCCAAGCCGCCGCAGAAGGCGCCAAGGUCUCCAUACUAGCUCGGAAUGCCGGGAAGCUCGAGGACGCCAAGCACGCGAUACUGCGCGCCACCGGCUGCGGCGUCGCGGCGUUCAGCGCCGACGUCAGAGACUACAACGCCGUGAAGAGGGCCGUGGAGGAGGCUGGGCCUAUCGACGUUCUGGUUUGCAAUCACGGAGUGUAUGCACCGAAGGAGCUGGAGAAUCAGGAGAUCGAGGAGGUGAAGAUGAUGAUUGACGUGAACUUGACAGGGACUUUUCAUCUCAUCAAAGCGGCGUUGCCGGGAAUGAUCAGCCGGCCAGCGAACCGUGGACCUGGAUCAAUUGCCAUCAUUUCGUCUCAGGCCGGCCAGGAAUGGACGGGGAACAAAGUGACCCCGUGGAGCAUUCAAAAAAACAUAAUCCAAAUUGCCUCGCCGGAAAACUCCAUUGCCGAUUUGCUGCCUCGCCGGGAGCUCCAUUGGUCAGAGUUAAUGAAGAAGAAGAAUACAUGA